AUGAAUCUGGGUUGUGGUCAAGCGGUGGAAUCGAUGUCGAUGCCGAGCUCAAGUGUUUCUUGCAAGUCUGGUGAUGGAGUCUCCGACCAGUUUCCGGUCGGUCUCCGUGUGCUUCUAGUAGAUGAUGACCCCACUUGUCUCUUGAUCUUAGAGAAGAUGCUUCGGAACUGCCUCUAUGAAGUUACCAAGUGCAAUCGAGCAGAAAUUGCAUUGUCACUGCUACGAGAGAACAGAAAUGGAUUCGAUAUUGUUAUAAGUGAUGUCCACAUGCCUGACAUGGAUGGGUUCAAACUACUCGAGUAUGUUGGCCUUGAGAUGGACCUUCCUGUUAUCAUGAUGUCGGCCGAUGAUGGUAAAAAUGUUGUGAUGAAGGGUAUUACUCAUGGGGCAUGUGAUUAUCUGAUCAAACCAGUUCGAAUUGAGGCAUUAAGGAACAUAUGGCAGCAUGUGGUUCGGAAAAAAAGGCAUGAAUGGAAGGAUGCUGAGCAAGUGGGAAGUGUGGAAGAUGGAGAACGACAACAGAAACUGGCUGAAGAUGCGGAUUACUCGUCUUCUGCAAAUGAAAGUAAUUGGAGAAACUCCAAGAGAAGAAGGGAUGAAGAAGAGGAUGCUGAAGAAAGGGAUGACACGUGUACAAUGAAGAAGCCACGGGUGGUUUGGUCAGUUGAGCUCCAUCAACAGUUUGUGGCAGCUGUUAAUCAACUUGGAAUUGAUAGUAUGGAUCUUUAUCAACUUUUCCUUAUUGUUUUCCCCUUCCAUUCCGCUUAA